GGCCCCGCCCACGGAAGAGGCCGAGCAGCCCAGCUAAACAAUGGCUGCCUGGGGUGCGCAUGCGCCAAGCCGCGCGCCCCUUCAAAACUCCGCGUCCUCCCACAGAGCGAUGGCCGCUUCUGAGGGUCUGUCCUCGUAGUUCGGAGGAAGGCAGGCAGGAAAGAUGCCGCAAAGGCCCGGAGAAGAGGAGGAGGAACAGCGGCGGCUGCGCUCCCUGAAUAGCCGGGAGCCCUGCCAGGUCAUUUUCUGUAACAGGACUCCGCGGGUGGUGAGCCCCGUCUGGCUGGACUUCGAGGGCGUGCCGCGGCCUUACCCCAGCCUCAAGCCUGGCACCGGGCGGAGGAUGCACAGCUACCUGGAACACCUUUGGUUGUUCAGAGAUGCUGGGACCGAUGAUAGUCUCCUGGUAAACCAGACAGAACUGUUUGUGGCAUCUCACAAUGCGAACGGGCAGCCCAUAUUUGCAAAUAUUACACUACCAGUGUUCACUUUGAAAGAAAGAUGUCUUCAAGUUGUUCGCACUUUAGUAAAGCCAGUUGACUACCGGAAAUUGGACAUUGUUCGGUCCCUGUAUGAAGAUCUCGAGGACCAUCCAGACAUUGGGAAGGAUCUUCGGCGGCUUUCUUUGGAGAGGUUAAGGAACGAAGACCCUGAUAGAAAUGAAGAGUUAUGGAGACCCAGAUAAAAAAAGUGAAGAGGGACUGAGAUCAUGAUAGAAAUGAAGAAUAUCUGAAAAAGUUACUUUUGCUAAUAAACUGAGGCACACAAAAAGGAUUAGCUGUGCUUUACGAACUGAAUGUGACCCUUUUGUUGCGGUAUGGGACAUUCUCUGAGGACACUUAUAGGCACAUGACAGUGAAAUGAGAGGCAGCCAUGAUGGUUGAAUAUACUUGGCUAAAUCUGCGUAAACCUUGGUCCAAGUAUUAUUUUUUUCUUCAAGUUGUACACUUGACAAAGGUGUUUUCAUAUGGCUCCUCCCUUAUUUAAUCAUCUUGUUAUAGUUGGUUAUGAAACACCUUUUCUUAGUUGAGCAAGUUAAAUCUCAUACAGAAGGAUAAGUUAAUCUUAAUUGUAACUUGAUAUGUAAUUAUUAAGUAUGAGAAGUUACUGCUGGGUGGAUUUGCUGGGUAGUUGUUUUUUUUACAAGUCCUGUUUCAGAUUGUGCUUUCAGUGCAUAGAAGCUGUAUUCUUCUAUACUUAUCUUUGGUUUACUGUAAAAAUAGUAUAGUGGAAACAAAGUUGUAAGUUAUAUUUACUUUUGGAGGACCAUUCUGAGACUCUUGACACAAAACAAGAACCUUAUAAGCCUAUUGCACAGAUAAGUUACUAAACCUGGUCGCAAGUUUCUUUUGAAUUAUAGAAGUAAAUUGAAGAAAUAUGAAUAUAAUAGCCUAAUUUUAGAUGCACCAAGUAUGCAUGAAUCUCUGGUCACAAUGUGAAAAUUGCAAAAGUCUCCUUGCCUUUCCUAACCUCUCCUCAACUCUGUACAUUCCUCUACACAUUCCUGAGGCAUUACAAACCUGGUUAGUGAAAUAUAUUUGCUUUGUUUAUAGAAGCAUUACAAUUGAACUAUUGUCCUAUUUUUCAGUAUCUUAUGUCUGCAACUAUUGUGUUUUGUAUGACUGCAAUUAUCAAAUCAUUAUAUAUAUAUAAUCUUUAACAUUCGAUUUUGUACACUUAAUUCCAACUAAAAAUGCAUCUUGAAGAGGAACCUGUGAAAUGGAAUUGCUAGCAACAUCAUUGUGUACUUUAUUUGUUGAAAUGAAUGUUUCCUUCUGUAAAGUUACUGGUUUGUGAUGGUGUAUAUAUACUGACUCUGCUCUGUAAAGUUGUUUUUUUAAAACACA